UGUCCUACCUGCUCCCCCCCUGCCCAUCUGAAGUCAAGGCUAAGGCUGAAAUGAUGUGGGCUCCUGGGGCAGGGCUAGGGGCGCCUCUCCUGUGGGCGGGCUGCGGCCACGCGGCCCUCUGAGCCCGUGGGGCGCCGCCCACCAUGUUCGCCAGCCCUGCGGGCACCAGCACCCCGUUCUCCGUCAAGGACAUCCUCAACCUGGAGCUGGAGCAGCGACAGGAGCAGCAACAAGAGGAGGAGGAGCGGAGGCGCCGGAGCCUGGCGGCCAUGGAGCUGCCCGCGCGCCUAGAGGCCAGCCUGCCCCCUGCGUCCUGCAUGCUGGCCGCCUUCAAGCAAGAGGCUUACGGCGGCCCCGAGACGGCAGGCCUCCAGGAGCUGGCUCUGGCCGACGGGCUGGGCCCGGCCAAACACUGCCCGACCUUCCCAGCUGCCUUCUACGGAAAGAGCUACGCGCACAUGGAGCCGGCCAAGGAGCCCAAAGCCGACAAGAAAGAUCUUUGUUCCCUGCAGAAGAACCUGGAGCUGGAGAAAAAGGACUUAGAAGACCCCGAUCGCCCAAGGCAGAGGAAAAGGCGGAAACCCCGGGUUCUGUUCUCUCAGGCCCAGGUAUAUGAACUGGAGAGAAGGUUCAAACAGCAGAAAUAUUUGUCAGCUCCAGAAAGAGACCACUUGGCCAGCGUGCUGAAGCUCACCUCCACGCAGGUCAAAAUCUGGUUCCAGAACAGAAGGUACAAAUGUAAAAGACAGAGACAGGACCAGACUCUGGAGAUGGUGGGCCUCCCCCCGCCCAGGAGGAUAGCCGUGCCAGUUCUGGUGAGAGAUGGGAAGCCCUGCCUGGGGGACUCUUCUCCCUACAGCUCCCCCUACAAUGUCAGCAUCAACCCAUACAGCUACAAUGCCUACCCGGCCUAUGCCAACUACAGUGGCCCAGCGUGCAACCCAAACUACAACUGCGGUUAUCCUUCAGUGCAGGCCGUGCAACCAUCUGCAGCGGCCAACAACUUCGUGAACUUCAGUGUCGGGGACUUGAAUGCAGUGCAAACGCCAAUUCCGCAGAGCAAUGCAGGGGUCUCCACUUUGCAUGGGAUACGGGCCUGGUAGGAAGAUCGGUCUCCAGCUUACCAGGAGUGGUUAAAGGGAGGGAAGGAGGUCUAAGGUGGGUUUCCCAGCUCUCUCAACCCCGGUCUCCCCUCUCCUCUCCAUCCCUCCCCCAUUACCCAUCUGACUGGAAAGGUAGGGAGGCUUUGGGCAUCUGGAGAGAGAGGGAUGGGAAGCCUCUCUCUCUCUAACUUGGGGAGCAGCAACUAACCUGGACUGCUGGAGAAAAGAGGACCAGGAGGGACGGGAAAGGAAAAGAGGUCUCAGGAAAAUCCUACCGUCCCUCUACAUUAGCAAGCUGGGACUCUCAAAGCAUGUGCCCCAGAGUGGCUGUGUGAAUGAUGUUGUUCCUGUAAGUUACCAAGUGUUCUGGUAUUUGGGUCCUGCGAUGGAGAUAGUAAAAACCCUCUGCCUGCUGGCAGAGCACACAGCAGCCAGAACCACCCAUCACAGAGGCAUUGAACCCGUUCCCUUCCCCCAAAUCCAUCUGCAGCCCCUGAAACCCUUUCAACUCUUGCCUCCGAGCUCCCCCAAGGCUCACUCAACUCUCAGGGGCCAGGGCAUCUGGCCACCAACACCAUCAUUGAGAAAAAUCAUAUUCCAUGGCCAGUAACCUCCCACCCCAGCCUACAGACAUCGAUCCUGGGGUCUAUGGGUCCUUUCCCCUCCAACCACAAUCAGUAAAAUCAAAGGGAGCCAGACCUCCUGCUCCCAUCAAAAAACCAGCCGGUUUUUAGGGAGCCAGAUGCAGGCAUUGGGGGUGGGGCGGUGGGAGGGGGUAAUUCUUAGUAUUCUAAGCUCAGAGUCACUCUGUUGAAUACCAGGUGGCACAUAUACCCCAAACUUGUCCCCAGGAAAUUUGGCCCUUGCUAGUUCACCAUCACCCCCACUCUUCAUUGCCCUCUACCCUUCUCCAAUCAGAGUGGCUGCCUAGAACUUCUGAACUCCGAGGUCUGCUGCGUUGGAGAUCUGAGCUCAUCCUUGCUGGUUAGGCUGCGGACCCUAUUUAAGUGUUUUCUCAUUGUUGUAAGAAAGGAGAUCCCAACCACCCUACCCCGACCUGUCAUUAAAGAGAGUGAAUUAA